AUGCGCUGCAACGACAUCUACUCGAGAAACUCGACAGUGUACCAGUUCUGCCACGGCGAGUCUUCCCGGCCAUGGUUCGUUUACGCCCUGGAGGCGCCCAACGGCCACAAGGCGGAGGCCGCCAUCUUCCUCGCGUCGGCCAUCAUGUUUGUCCUCGGCGUCCUCCUCUUGGGCCUCAGCCUCUUCGGUCGCCUCUCCGGACGAGCCGCCCUCAACCACACCGUCCGCGUCUUCCUCUACGCGUCCUUCGCCCUCUUCCUCCCUCUCAUGUCCUACAUGUUCUCCCAGGCAAAGGACGAGGCCAAGCUGCAGCAGCUCAGUGACGGCGACCGGCGCCUGCCCUUCCGCGCCCAAGUCAUCCUCAUCUGGAUGCUCCUCGUCGAGCUUCUGCGCAAGAAGGUGGAUGUCAUCCUCGCUGGCAUGAGCUCGUCUCCGCUGCAAGCCGUCCUCCUCCAGCAGACUCUAUGGGACGCCAUUGAUCAGAUGGUCCGCGUCGCGUGGAUCGGCUACCUCAUAUACUCGUACGUGCACGGGUUCCGGAAGCCGGGAUUCACGAUCCUCUGGGUGCUCACCCUCGUCAAGGCCGCCCAGAGGGUCGCCGCCGUGGAGCUCGCAAAGCGUUCCUUCGCUGUUGGCAAGAAUGUACACCUCGUUGUGGGUUACACCACCCAGAUGAUGGAAGAAGAGAUCAGAGACGAGCAAGAGAGUGGCACCGUGCUUCUGAAGAAGUGUUGGUACGCGGUCAUGGGGGAGGAGAGGCUCAAGAGGAAAGCGGGACCCGAAGGCUACCGAGUGAAGCUACCGGAGUCGGACGAGAAGAAGUACCACAUCACCGUCCGCGACAUAUGGGAUCUGGCCGAAGGCGGUGAUGGCAAGCCAGCCGACCGCUUGCUUAAUGACCAGCCGAAACUGAAAGAUCUCUGCCUCGCCUUUGCGCUGUUCAAGCUGCUGCACGCGAGAUUCGAGAACCUCAAAGUCCACGAGAACGUGGCGGUAAAGAACUGCGACCUCAUCUUCCGGGGCCUCGGCAUCGACAGAGAUGGCGACAACAUCAAAGACAUUUCCGAGAGGGUGUUCCACGUGAUUGAGCUCGAGCUCAACUUCUUCAUGGACUACUAUCACUCGGUGGUUCCCGUGGUGCUUUCAAGCCCGUGGUUCUUGGUCGGCAACUACAUCUUCGUGCUCCUUAUCGUGGUGAACCAGUCCAUCAUGGUUCUAUUAAUCACCGGCAACGGCCACCUGCUGCCGGUCAUAAGCUGCCUCGCCCGCGAGGUCGCCACAAUGUCACGCCGGGCGAGCGACCUCUUCAGGUGCCUCGGCCACAAGCUGCUCAAGACUAUCAUCGUCAUGUUCUCGUCCUUCAACAUCCUCGUGAGCCUCCUGCUGUUUCUCACGUUUUUGGUCAUGGAGGCAUGGGAGUUCGUGGUAUACGUGCUCUCCGACUGGUACCUGGUGUCCAUGCUGUGCGAAUAUGCGCGUAGGCCCAAGUGGCAGUCAUCGCGGCGCGUGCAGAGAGCCUUCGGCGCGCUGCUAUGGGUGAAGGGACUCAAGGGAGUAGGGCGAGCACGCGCCGGUGUGCGGUUCAACCAGGUGUGCGUCCUCGACCUCCGCCGGCACAAGUCGUGGGAGAUUGCCUCCAAGGUGCUGCAGCACCGGUUCCUUGGCAUAUCAUCGGUGCUCGUUCCAAGGGAGGUGAAGCACGCGGUGUUCGCCUCCCUUAGGGCAAAGAACGGCGGCGAGCCGCUCAGCAACGGGGUGUCCGUGCUGCACCGCCGCGGCUACCUGCAGCUGGUGUGGGCGUGCGAGAGCAAGAGCAUCACCGAGGUCAUCCUCGUGUGGCACAUCGCGACCAGCCUCUUCGAGAUGAAGAACUCGACAGCGGAGGCGACAAGGAGCACGGAGGAGACGGUUGCGACGACGCUGUCCAAGUACUGCGCUUACCUAGUGGCGUGUGCGCCGGAGCUCCUCCCGGAGGACCAGGAAGGGUCAAAGGACGUGUACAAGGCCGUGAAGCGCGAUCUCCGGAGUGCACUGAGCAGGAAGCAGCGGCAGAGCAAGUCGGAGAGCAGGCUGGAGCGGGUGAUGAGGAUCGGGGGCCCCAACCCCGAGGCGGCCGCGAACAUGGGCGCCGAGCUGGGUAAGCAGCUGGUGGGGGAGUGUGGUUUCGAUGGCGACGCGAUGCUCGGGUGGGCACUGCUAGCGGAGCUGUGGACCGAGCUGGUCGUCUACGUCGCGCCCUCAGACAAUAUCGAGGGCCAUGCGAAGGCGUUGGCGCAGGGUGGCGAGUUCAUCACGCUGCUGUGGGCGCUGACCACCCACGCCGGCUUCACCCGCUAG